UGCCAUAACGACACGUGUUAUGCAUUAUGUGUACAUUUGAAGUGAUCGUUUUCUGACUUGGUUGAGAGACGAGGCGAACAAUUCAGAGACUUUUGCGCAAUUCUACACAAAACUUGUGAAGCUGAGCUGAGAAGAGACCUUUAUUCUAUAAGAAGAUCGGAGCAUAUAUCCUUUACAUAUUUUACGUUUUAAAUAGUUCAUAUUGUUUUUGUGGAGACUAAUAUUUUAAUUGUUCUUUUCUUACUUUAGAAGGAGUGGGGAGUUUUUUUUAUUGUUUUAUUUAAUUUUUUUAAUUUAUUGUUUUAUUUGAUUUUUUUGUUUGUUGUUUAUUUAAUUCUUAGUGUUAACUUUGAGUAGAGUUGGGUAUUGUUCUUUUUUAAAUAUUGUUUUUAUUGCAGAUUGGAGGACGUCAAGCAUAUAUCCUUUACAUAUUUUACAUUUUAAAGAGUUCAUAUUGUUUUUGUGGAGACUAAUAUUUAAUUGUUAUUUCCUUACGUUAGAAGGAGUGGGGAGUAUAUUUUUUUUUUGUCGUUUUUUGUUUAUUGUUUUAUUUAAUUCUUAGUGUUAACCUUUAAGUUAGUAGAGUUGUGUUUUGUUCUUUUUUUAAUAUUGUUUUUAUUGCAGAUUGGAGGACGUCAAUGGCUCACAUCUGGGGGAGAGGAGGCCGCUCCAGAUCCAGGAGAGCUGAUUUCACACAGACGGCUGGUCAGGAGGUUUGGAGACCCGUUUCCGAUGACCGCGGUCCGGCUCACUGGAGGAAGGAGGGGCAGAGCGGCACCCAGAGGAGCCCAGAUGAUGGACGUCCGUCCACUUCGUCGAAACACUCUCGCAGAGACUCAUCUUCAUCUUUGUCCCUCUCUGAGGACAAUGUGGAGAGGAGGUUCUGCAGAGAGUCGUUGAGGCUGAGCAGCAGAGGCUCGUACAGUGUGGUGUGGAGGUGGAGUGGUGAUGUUUCGGAGAGCCAAAGCGAACAGGACAGUGGCAGCAGCUGCGGUUUGUCCAGGUCCGACAGCUGGGAAGGGUGGCUGUGCCCUCCGCUGCCGGGUCAAGUUGCUGAAGAGCCAUCAGAGACUUCAAGAGGCCGAACUGCUCGGAGUGCCAUGGAGUCUUCUCCUGUGAACAAGAGCUCAACAGGAAAGCCUACAAGGAAGAGGAAAAGAUUUGGUCGUUUCCUCCACUGGCUAUGGAAGGCUAUGAAGGGUUCUUUCUGCUGCCGUUGCCACAGUUGUGCUGUGGAUGUUGUCGAGCCUUUUGUCCCUCCAGCAGAUCUGGAGCCGGAGCCAGAGCCUGAUCCAACAUCACCACGUGAUCCUGAUCCAACAUCACCACCUGAUCCUGAUCCAACGUCACCACCUGAUACUGAUCUCUCCGGUGUCGAGCCAAAUAAUGAGUCCUUUGAGUCUCUUUAUGAAGCGGGAGCGAUGAUUGGAUGCGGAACGUUUGGCAGUGUGUACAGGGGAACACGCAAACUUGAUGGCAAAAGGGUUGCCAUCAAGCGGAUGCGCAAGUGUGACAACUUUCAUUAUCUUGACAUUCCUGGGCAUCCCGAACCUCUCAUUACAGAAGUGGCGCUGCUGUUAAUGAUGAGGCGAGAACCCAUAAGCCCCUACGUCAUACAGCUGUACGAGUGGUUUGAACACCCUCGCAAAUUCUCUCUCAUCAUGGAGUUCCCCGAACCCUGCGAGAGCUUGAAGGACUUCAUCACUCGCCGUGAUCCUGAUGUGUGUGAAACAAUAGCACGGGUCUUCACGCAACAGGCUGUUCUGGCAGUUCAACACUGCAUCGAGCAUGGCGUUUUUCACAACGACGUUCAUGCGCAGAAUUUCCUGCUGAAGAGAAACUCGUUAGACCUCAAGCUGAUAGACUUUGGCUGCGGUCAGCUAUUCAGCAGCGAGGGCUACGAGAGCGACAUAUACCUUGGAAGAAAUGAUCACUGCCCACCUGAAGUCUUCACAGAGCCCAGAUUCCACGCCGUCCCAGCAAAUGUCUGGGCUCUGGGAGUGAUGCUGUACGAGAUGCUCAACGGAUCUUGUCCUUUUCAGAGUAGAACGGAAGUCAUCGAAGCCAAAGUUACAUUUCCCAAUUCCAACUUAUCCAGGGAAUGCAGUGAUCUGAUUAGGCAGUGUCUAGCCCGGGAUCCAGCGAAACGGCCCACGUUAGAGCAGAUGUCCCAACAUACAUGGAUUAGAAACGAUCUACUGUAGGAGUUCAGGAGAUUCACUCGAUCAUGAUUGAUGAUUUCAGGAAAGAACACACUUGCUGUCCUUGGUGGAGUGCUUGAGCUGGAGACUCGACCCGAAUCCUGAAGUCCAACCCCAACCUGACAGGAACUC